AGGUAUAUAUUUCUAAUUGGGAUCGAAUAAAAAUAUGAACAUAUAUAUGCGUAUAAUAUUUUAAUAACUUGGUAAAAUAUUUCAGCAACCUGUAAAGCAUCAUAAUCAGAAUACAACAUAUGAUUUUUAACAUACUAAAUAAAACAUACAGUUAAUCAUGAACAAAUAACUAUAGAAUGGAGAAAAACAAAACUUGAUAAAAGCAAAUGAAACUUAUCAGAAUGGAACGUAUUCAUUGUCUUAACUUAAAAAUUUAAUCUCUUUGUACAUCCAUUAAUAAUAGUCAAUUCCGACCACAACAUCCAUAGAUGUCUAAAAUAUGUUGUUAUAAUUAUAUAUGUCUAAAAUAUAUGUGUGCACUCCUAAAAAUUAAAAUUGUUAGUAGUUAGCAGAAAGAUUCUUAGGAAUAAUAAUAGCACAAAGUGAAGACCUGCCAGUACGUCCAAUAACAUAUCUCUGUCAAUAGUUGUGGACCAUAUUGCUCCAUUGCCUACUCCUCAGUUCCAAACUGUUCACUUUCUUCAAUAACUACAUUUAUCAUGAAAAUAUGCUCACCCGAUUUCUCAUUGAGUGGCUCGUCUUCGUUUGCCUUUAGCGAAACUUCCUACAUCAACAAUCGUGGAGCUUGUUUCUGAUCCAAGGCCGACAACCCUUGAGUGAAUCUUGGUUUCCAUUUCUAGAGAAGACCUUGUUUGUGCGGUGGAGCUUGAAAUGAGGUUCAAUAUACAUAGACACAAAUAAAAUUUUAACAACAAAAGGCUUCUUACUGGUACAAAUUAAAAUCGAGAAAAGAGAUAUUUGAAGAUUAAAACCGACAAAUUCAAAAUACUCACCAUCGUUUCUAUCUCGAACUUCUAUUUCCUCCAUUGAGUUCAUGAAUUACAAAAAAAAAAAAAAAAAAAAAAGAAACAUUCAGAAUAUUAGCCCGUAUCAAAAUUUCAAACAAAUUAAAAUGAAAUCUUAGCACUCUCUAAAAGUAGCAAAUCUUUGCAUACUCCAUUCUCUCGAUGAAGAGGCCCUAUGGGGGUUUCUCGGUGGAGAAAAUUGGAGUUAAUGGCUAGACAUUAAAUCCAAUUUAUUCCACCAUAACAACAUACCUUUAGGAGUCUAAAAAUUAGAAAGACUACAUCCCUAUGCAAUCUCCUUUUCGACCUUGAAUAUACAGGGGUUGGAUAAAAUUCGUUGCUUCACAAAAUUGCUAUAUCCUGAGUUAGUUCAAGCAAAAUAGCAAUCACAGAGUUAUCGUUUGAAUGGUAAAUUCAAAAGUAUAUUUACGUGGAACAAAGAAAGGAGGCACGGGAAAGAUGAAAUCUGAAUAGAAAAACAAAAGCAUAGCAAGUGAUCAACUGAUGUUGAAUAUACCUGCAAAAUUAUUGUAUAACAGAAGAUUGUAUAAAGCUAGAUAAUCGCAACGGUUUAAUCUUAGGAAUUUCUCUUCUCGUAUUUUUAGAAAAUCUAAAAGCCUGAAUUAAGUAACUUUCCCCUCGUUGCUAUUUAACUUGUACCGACUCAUCCAUAACAAAGGACUUGAUUACGAAAAAUGAAAAACAUUCAAAUUGAAUACCAAUAAUUGACAGAAUCCUUACAGAAAAGAAAAAAAACAGGCAUUUUUUAGACUACAUAAUUAGUUACAAUACCACGCUAUCCAUUCACAGCCUGAAAAUAACCAUGCUAAAACAGUUGAGAAGAUGUUAGAGAAAUAAACGCUUAGAGAACUUUGUGAACCCGUGGCAAAAAAUUAUGGCAAGAAAACGACAAAUAGAAUCGAAGCAAAACUGAAAUAUAAUGUGAUAAGAAAUUCCAAAGACAACAAUUGUCAGAAAUCCGAAUCCGACAGCAUCCCACUAAACACAGAUUGAUGGACAAUAAAAUUAAGCGCAUUGAAUUAAACUUGAAGAGCAGAGGAAAAGCGACCUUGAACACGCCUUCAACUCCCCAGAUUUCUUUCCACUUCAAGUCGAUCAUCCGACGUCGACAAAAUCACGAAUUAUGCAUAACGUGGAAAACAUGGAAAAAAGAAAACCGGCCAUUUGUUGAAGAGAGGAGAUGCAAACGUGAUUGAGGGAGAAGUUUUCAAAUCGUGGAAGUUUUUGAACAGGAGAUGAGUUUUAAUAUCGUGUGGAGAUUUUAUUUUGAAUAACAAAAGCGCCAUUAGAAAACCAAGAAAUUACCAAAAAGGCCCUAGGGUUUUAAAACCCUAAAGAGUGCCACGUGUCGACAUAUUAUGCCUAGGAUUGUCUUUUUAUAUAUAUAUAGAUAGAUUUUAUUUCCUAAUUAGUUCAGGUCUCUAUCUCUGAAUUAUCUAUAUAAACAACUUCAACGUCUAUUAUAGUAAAUCAGAAAAAAGAACCGAAGAAAGAAAAAAAAAAUAAUAAUCAAUCACACGCCUGAAGGAUUAUUAAUCCAACAUGACAAGAAAUCCCAAGAACAAGAAGAGAAACACUAAAGCUGUUUCGAGUAUGUUCGAUAGUAUUCCCCAUGAAUUGGUUUCCGAAGUUUUAAGCCGAGUUGCAUCGUCUUCCAUCAAGGACAUCUUCAACGCCAAAUUAAGCUGCAAGAUGUUGAAUGAAAUCGCGAAAGAUAUGUACGUGUAUCAACGUGUAUCGCUAGACGAGGUUCCGAUCAUACCAUGGAAACCGAUAAGCCAAGAACAAGAAACAUUCUUGAAUACGUGCCUACAAUCCGAAAACCCCGAGUCGUUGUAUAGACAAGCAGUUCUCGACUACUUCAACAAAACGAAUCUGGAAUCAACGUGCAUGCACUUACAGAAGGCGGUGAAAAACGGCCACACAGGCGCUCUGUACGUAACCUGCAUUGUUUUACUAUUCAGUGGGAACGAAGAACUCAAGCAACAGGGCAUCAAGUUAUUGGGGAACAUGAAAAAGACGAAUGGAUUGAAGAGAAGGCUUCGAAUUUGCCGCAAUAAUUUGAAUAGCAUUCUGAAGAUGAUUUGGGUGAAGAACCCGGUUUUGCUGGAGCCGCCGGUUUGCUGUACGACACGAGAUCAUCAUCACAGGAAAAGUCGAUGGUCUGAAGUAGAGGAAGAUGUCACGUGCGAGGCUUGUGUUGCUGAUCAAGAGAUUAAUUUACUUAGUGGUAGAUACAAUUUUGUUUAAUGGUUUGAUUUAUUAGCAAUUAUCUGUAAGGUAGCUAGUGUUCAUUGUUUCAAUCGAUGAAUUCAAAACUUCAACUUAGUGAUUUUCUAAAUAACAAUAAAUUCACUUGAAAGCUAUGUGAUUCUUCCAUUGUAGCCUAUUUCCGAUUUCCCGCUGAUUCUCAUUCGAAUAUUUUCAACUUUAAAAUAAUUUUUUCAUUCCAA